UUACUCUCAUCGAAUGCCAUCAUUCCAUUACAUUAUAGGAAUCCUUUCCGCAGCGCUCCCUCGCUUUCUUCAUGGGAGAAUCGAAUUCUCAAGACGUAAUAGUUGCAUCCUUGCCAAGCCUCAUCAUUUCGACUUCUCCGCUGCCAAACCGCUUGCAUGGCUUUGCGCCUUCGAACGGAGAAGCUCUUUCUGCUCGGAUACCCAGACUAUUGGGAAAACAAUACAUCACAUGUCCCAUUAUUGGCUUUCGAUUCGGAACCCUGGCGAACGAGCCAGCAGAUUGUCGCAGCUAGGGGUGCCAGAAGAUAUGCUGCAUGCUCGGGAUUCUCAACACGUCUGUCGCUCUCCAUCAUCCUCCGACAGAGCCACGAGAGCUGGCACGAAGACCCUCACAAACCUAAUAAAGUGGUGAUGCCACAUCCGCCUCUGAUACUUUCUGUUUGCAUUACUCACACGAUUCAUGGAUGGGGGAAUCACCUGAGCAUUGGGAAGGGCAUUGGGCGGCAACUUAGCUGCAUGUAGAAUUUUAUUCCCUUGACCGUUCAACUGAUCUGCGGGACCGAUACGGUGUUGGUCGCUGGCCAUUACACACGUCUACACCAUUAUCCACCGAGAUCACUGGCGGAUGCUUCUAUCUGCCAUAAGGUUCGGAUGCUACACAGCACUUUGGCAGGGGAACGAUUCAUUCGUUUGUGUGCCCCGGGGCGUGGAUGUUUUGCUGGAUAUCUGAUAGUGGGAGUCUGAUAUUGUCGACAAUUAAAAGAAUUAAUAAUAGAUAUUCACC